UACAGUGAAAAAAUGGGAGAUCGUUAUUUUGUGGAAGAUGUAGACUUUGGGAACAGCAACGGGUUCGCAAUGAACAAGCCAAUGCGACCGAUAAGGCCACCUAAACGUGGAAUGCCUAACAAUGACCGCUACAACAAUGCCUAUGGCAGCUACCGUGGUGGCUAUGGGCCUGGAGGCGGCUUUGGGUAUGGACCAAGGGGCCCACCUAUGGGCGGGCCCAUGGGUCCACCACCCAUGAUGGGCCCACCUAUGGGUUCGAUGGGCCCUCGUGGGCCGCGCGGCCCACCGCCCAUGGUAAUGUUUGGACGGGGUUUUGGACAAGGGGGGCCGCCUAUGCCCCGCAAUGUCGCUCCAGAGACUCAAGCUUAUAGAUAUCUUAUUCGUUGUGGUGUUGCCCAGGAGAGCUUAAAAGGUCUCCCCAAGAAGCUGCUGAAACUCAUGGAGGCUAACCACUGCGGCGUUUGCGCCUUGGACUUUGAAUCCUUCACUAUGUCGCGGAUGCAUUACACUUCGCGUAAUCACCAAAAGAACCAAAAGAAAUGGCUGACGCUGAAUGCUGAGAGACCAACUCCCGGGAAACAGAUACCGAUAAAGUCGCGCGAGUUGUACUGUGAACUGUGCGACGUUACAAUAACGUCCACGGCUCACGCCGAUUCGCACUAUUCAGGAAAAGCGCAUCGAGCGAUCGUGGAAGGACGGAAGAAGCCGAAAAACCCGUAUCUACUCCAAAAAGGAAUGGAGGGUCGCACUGAGCAACUGAUUAACCGCGAGAAGCAACAUUUGCCGGCGAUCACCGUGCCGAAGGUCACCGUGAGUGAGGGAGACAGCAAGCCUCCGCAGGCCGACCUCUACUGCGAUAUAUGCAAGACCUCCAUGACAUGCUCGGAGCAGAUGACGAUGCACCUCAACGGCAAGAAACAUCUGUCGAAGGAGAAACAGCACAUCAUCCGCGUCAUGAAUGAACAGUCGCAGAAUAUCACCAACAUUGCGGUUAAAGAAGAACCACAGGCUGCAGAUGAGCAGACUGCAGGCAACGGCAACGACGACGGAGGCGACUGGGGAAAUGGAUCUGGGACCUGGGAAGACUAA